GACUAAGUUCACUCAGCAUAAUGACCUCCGGAAAGCUGAACAAUCUUUGUGUUUCUAACUUCUCAACCUGCUUUUACUGUUUGUAAAAUAUUGUUCUUCAAUAGGAAGACCCUAAGGAAGCAUUUUACUCUCUUUUGAGUCCCUAAUUUACCAGGUGAAGAAUAAUCCUUAAAGACAGGUUUAAAGGAAAAGACUUAAAGGUUUGCAUUUAAGGACUUAGUCUUCCGGAUAGGGUAUUGGUUGAGCAACAGGUGCGACAGUUGCACAGAAGUAGUAUUUCCCAAAUCCCAUACUUCCCCUGAAGUCUACUAUGAACUAUAUAAAUACCAGAAGCUUUAUUUGUUCUUUAAAAACGUGGGUCAGCAACAUAUUUCUCCCCAUUCAUAGCUGUGAUGACUUUCCUGACUUGAGGAGGAGGUGGUAAAAUAUUAGCAUCAAUUUUUUAGAGCCUUUUGGAGAUGAAAAGGGAUUUUUCUUUUCCUGUCUAAGAAUAUAGGCUACUUAUUUCAUUAGUAAGACUUUAUUUUGUCGACUAGUAUGUGUGUAGUUGAAACAGCAUCCCUGGCCCCCCUACCUCUAGAUGCGAGCAGCAUCCCCCUUGUCCCCCUCAGUUGUAACAUCCUAAAGCUAUCUCCAGACAUAGUCAGUGUCUCCUUGGAAGCAAAUUCGUCCCAGUUGACAACCACUGCUUUAGAUACUCUUUUGAGGCUUAAAGACACAUGAACCAGUUGCCAUCAAGUUGAUUCCAUAUGCGCUCCAUAGGAUUUUCAGUGGGUGAUUUUUUGGAAGUAGAUUACCAGGUCUUUUCUUCCGAUGUGUCUCUGGGUCGAUGUGAACCUCCAGUCUUUGGUUAGCAGCCGAUGACAUUAACCGUACCACUCUGGGACUCCUGAAGACAUACAGAAGUGUUAAUUAGCAAAUGACUAAGCAUUUGUUAGCAAAUGAGUACUGUUUGUUGAAUUUUAAUAUAGGUCAUAAUGGAAAAUUAAUAUUUGUAAAGUACACAGUCUUAUUGGGUGAUUUUUUUUUUUUUUUUUUGAAUUGGCGGUUUUAACUGCUUGUUUCAAUCAGUUAUAAAGAUGUAAUUCCUCCAGGUGAACGUGAGGUUAACAGUUUUGGGGCAGUCUUAAAUAGAGCCUGUUCCCUUUCUCCUUCUCGUCCUUUAGAAGACCUAUGUAUUAAUGUCUGUGACUGGAAGUGCUUGGCACUGGGCCUGUUUUAGACCGCAUUAGCUGAAAAGAUCCCUUUGAGCCCCACCCUUUCUAAGUUUAGGAGUUCAUUCAGAGUCUCAGACUCCACAGAGGGCAGAGUUGGGUUGCUCAUUCUGGGGUGUGGGUAGACUCUGGAGCAGACACUUUGCUGCAUGGCUUGUUUUUUCAGCUUGUGACCUAUGGUGUGAAGUUGUGAGUACAUCAUAAAUGAUUUUUUUGGAUAGAAAAAUGCCCUCAAGAUGGAGUUUAGGAAGGGGAAGAGUGAGAGUGUGUUAGUGAGUUAGAUUUAUUUAUAUUUUGGCAGCUGAAGUAAAAAACAACGAUGAAACAAGGUCAUAGCCGAUUUUUAGACUGUUCUGGAUUUCUUUGUUGACUCUGGCAACUUGUCUGCUAAGACAGUUAUCUAGAUUUUCAAUAAUCUCCUCUGAUUUUGUUCUGAUUCCAAAAGUAUAUAUCAAUAAAUAAGGAGCAACUGCAAUGUUGGUGAAUUUUGUUGAAUAAGGUAAUGUUUAUGCUUCUGUUAUCCAAAGUCAUAUUUCAGCUGAGUUUCUUUUGCGUUUUGUAGCCCUUUUUGCCUCUCAGCAAGAGACUCCUCCAGUAACUAAAUUGCUCUGGUUGUUUGUCUCUUUUUAGAGGUCUAGCUUUAAUUAAAAAUCAAGUUGAGGCUUUUGAAAAAAUGAAAGUAACAAACAGUUACUCUGUAGAAGACCUUCUAAUUAGUUAGUUCGCUCUUUUCUGCUUUGGUUGGCUAUUUCCCGAGAGACCUGUCAUUUCUAUUCUUUGCUGCAACUGGGAAUUUUUAAGUAGUUUUGACUUAUUUGAAACAUUUCAGCUUUUGAAGGAUGGCCAUGAAAAUGAUCAGAACUAUCCUUAUUUUUAACUUGUGAAGAAAUUUAAAUGUAUUUAGAAAUAAUACCUUUGAUGUCCUCCCAACUUACAGGAUGAAGGUAAACAAUCUCCUACUUUGUCCUUCCCUCUGCUGCCCCGCCUCAGCCACACCAUUAAAAUUACCAAAGUCUACAGUCUGUUCCUCUCUUCUUCUUCUCCACUUCUGCUUUUAGUAGUACAAAUACUAUAGAAUGGUCUGUGCUGUUUAAAUCAUUCUCAGGAUCCUGAGCAUUGAUGUGGGCGUCUGUAGAAUGAGACCGUGUCACACACGUCCUACGAGGAAAACAAAUACAUCUUUUAUUAUGAUAAGGAAAAAGAAAUUGCAGAAGUGAGAAAUUCCUCCCCUUCUUUAGUCAACAUAAAAGUGCUGAGGGUGCCGACCUGAGCAUAUGGCCCUUGAAUGGAAGCAGUGUUCAUGUUCACUUAUUAAUGGUGUUACAAACCCAAUUUGCUUUCAGCUUCUUCUAAUUUUGAGACCAGAAUGCUUUACUAUAUCCCAUGUACUAUGGAAAACUUCUCCAUACUUUUGAAUUUACACUUUUGAAUGUAAGCUGUAGUUUAAAAUUCUUAAUAUUUAGUAAUAAAUAUUAUUAUACCCUACUGAUUCUCAUUGUAAAGUGAACAUGCAGAACAUGUGGGUAUUAGUAGUCAUUUAAAAAAACACUGUGGGGAGAGUCACAAACCCAGGAAACUUAGCGUAUACCAAGGAGGAAUAUAUUUCUAAUAAUCAACCUAGCUACAUGCUAAAUGGGGCUAUUUUCAUACUUGAGUAGAUGAGACCAAUUUUGACUGAAUAUUGGCAAUUGCAUAUCUCCUCUAUAAUUUACCUUUUUAUUUUCUUUCCCUUACAACUUUUAGGUAGAACUUUAGACUUCAUAGCACUGAAUUAACCUGCACUGAAAGCUGUUUACCUGCAGUUGUUCACUUUUGUUGAAAGUGACCAUGUCUCAAGUUCAAGUGCAAGUUCAGAACCCAUCUGCUGCUCUCUCAGGGAGCCAAAUACUGAACAAGAACCAGUCUCUUCUCUCACAGCCUUUGAUGAGUAUUCCUUCUACUGCUAGCUCUCUGCCCUCUGAAAAUGCAGGUAGACCUAUUCAAAACUCUGCUUUACCCUCUGCAUCUAUCACAUCCACCAGUGCAGCUGCAGUUCCUUCUAACAUGGCACACCCCAAAGAGAAAACCCCAAUGUGUCUUGUGAAUGAGUUAGCCCGUUUCAACAAGAUUCAGCCUGAGUAUAAGCUUUUGCGUGAGCAAGGUCCAGCUCACUGUAAGGUGUUUACAGUACAGCUAACACUUGGAGAUCAGCACUGGGAAGCUGAAGGAACUAGUAUUAAAAAAGCCCAACACACGGCUGCUGCCAAAGCUUUGGAAGGAACAAAAUUUCCUAAACCUAUAGUCCGCCCUUUUCGUAGCGAAGGAAGGAAUCCAGAAAGCAUAACUCCUACUGUAGAACUAAAUGCACUGUGCAUGAAACUUGGGAAAAAACCAAUGUACAAGCCUGUUGACCCUUACUCUCGGAUGCAGUCCACCUACAACUACAACAUGAGAGGAGGUGCUUAUCCCCCGAGAUACUUUUACCCAUUUCCAGUUCCACCUUUACUUUAUCAAGUUGAACUUUCUGUGGGAGGACAGCAAUUUAAUGGAAAAGGAAGGACGAGACAGGCUGCGAAACAUGAUGCUGCAGCUAAAGCACUGAGGAUUCUGCAGAACGAGCCCCUUCCUGAGAGGCUGGAGGUAAAUGGAAGAGAAUCAGAAGAAGAAAAUCUCAAUAAAUCUGAAAUAAGUCAAGUGUUUGAGAUUGCACUUAAACGGAACUUGCCUGUGAAUUUUGAGUCUUUCCCUCUAAAACAGGUCGCCCGAGAGAGUGGCCCACCCCACAUGAAGAGUUUUGUGACCAAGGUGUCAGUCGGGCAGUUCAUAGGGGAAGGUGAAGGGAAGAGCAAGAAGAUUUCAAAGAAGAAUGCUGCUAUAGCUGUUCUUGAGGAGCUGAAGAAGUUACCUCCCCUCCCUACAGUUGAGCGAGUGAAGCCCAGAAUCAAAAAGAAAACAAAAUCCAUAGUCAAACUACAUACAGGCCCAGAAUAUGGCCAGGGAAUGAAUCCAAUUAGCAGACUGGCCCAGAUCCAGCAGGCGAAAAAGGAGAAGGAGCCGGAGUACAUGCUCCUCACCGAGCGAGGCCUCCCGCGCCGCAGGGAGUUUGUGAUGCAGGUGAAGGUCGGAAACCACACUGCGGAAGGAGUAGGCACCAACAAGAAGGUGGCCAAACGCAACGCAGCCGAGAACAUGCUAGAAAUCCUUGGUUUCAAAGUCCCACAGUCUCAGCCUGCCAAACCGGCACUCAAGUCAGAGGAGAAGACACCCAUAAAGAAACCAGGAGAUGGAAGAAAAGUAACCUUUUUUGAACCUGGCUGCACGGAUGAAAACGGAACUAGUAAUAAGGAAGAUGAGUUUAGGAUGCCUUAUCUUAGUCACCAGCAGCUGCCUGCUGGAAUUCUUCCCAUGGUGCCCGAGGUUGCCCAGGCUGUCGGUGUCAGUCAAGGACAUCACACCAAAGAUCUCACCAGGGCAGCUCCGAAUCCUGCCAAGGCCACGGUGACUGCCAUGAUAGCCCGUGAGUUGUUGUACGGGGGCACCUCGCCCACAGCCGAAACCAUUUUAAAGAAUAACAUCUCUUCAGGCCACGUACCCCAUGGACCUCUCACAAGACCCUCUGAGCAAUUGGACUAUCUUUCCAGAGUCCAGGGAUUCCAGGUUGAAUACAAAGACUUUCCCAAAAACAACAAGAACGAAUUUGUAUCUCUAAUCAAUUGCUCCUCUCAGCCGCCUCUGAUCAGCCACGGCAUCGGGAAGGAUGUGGAGUCCUGCCAUGAUAUGGCGGCACUGAACAUACUAAAGUUGCUGUCUGAGUUGGACCAACAAAGUACAGAGAUGCCAAGGACAGGAAACGGACCAUUGUCUGUGUGUGGGAGGUGCUAAACCUUUACUGGCCAUGAACCAUUAUUAAAUCCCAACAUAUAUACUGAAAAUACUGAAACUGCUUUGAAAAAUUGGAAUUUUGGAUACCUCCAGUGGGCUGAGAGACAUGAUGGAUGAAGAACUGGACACAGCAGUGGUGAGGAAGAUGGGAACACAGGCGGUGGCUGUGCCUGUGAUUGAAUGUGCUUGGGGUUUGUCAUGAUGGGGCCAGCGGAGGGGAAGUGUCCGCUCCCCACACAGGGAGCAGCCAGGCACGGCGGGGCCACCAGACUCCUGCCCGUCUUCCCGGCUCUGCUGGGGAGCUACAAGGCCGUGCCCCAGUGCACCUCAUCGCUUGGUUGGUUUUGGUUUUGGUUUUGGCUGUGUGAAAGAAGGAAAAACAGAAAGCAGGACCCCCUUCUCAAACUGGCUAACUCAGUCAAACACGUCGGGAUAAACACUGGACAGCCAUGCCAGAGAGAGGCCUGAGACUGGCCCCAAAGCUGCAAGCACCAGAGAAGAUCACAUGCUUCCUACUGAGCAUCACCUAACUGUCCCAGUGUGCUGAGGCCUCCCCCUCCCGCAGUGCCCACACCCUAACCCUGCUUCUCCUCUGGCAACGAUACGCGUUCUUGGUUUCGUUAGUUCUUUCGAUUAAAAUGACACUAUACACAGUUUUUAUUGGAAAGUUUCUCAAUGGUAUCUAGUUGUAUAGCACAGUUUAGAAACUUGUCUGAAACUGACUUUAUCAGUAAUCUAACCGGCAAAGAUCAUAUCCCGGUGUAUGUGGUUAUCAAUUUUUAUUUUAUUGGACUAACCCAGGACCGUUUCAGUGAUGCAAAUUGUGUGCCCUCUGGUCUACCUGAAACGGUCCUGGACCUUUCAGAAACCCUUGAUGAAGUCUCCCACAGUUGUAUAAAUUGGACAUUUUUGGAAUUUUGAACUUUAAAGAUCAUUUGGUUCCUUUUCUAUUUUGAAUUUGGUUAAUGCAAUGACUUAAACAAAUGGGCUUUGAUCUUUGUUUUAAAGAUUAUAAAAACAAUUGUGUGCGUAUACGUAUGGCUUUUCAGGACCCAUAGCUUUCACUACGCUACAGGAUAUGAUCUCCAUGUAGUACAUAUAGAACUGCAGGUUGAUUUUCCCUGAGUGCUUUAUACUGUUAAUUACAUCUCCAUGUAGGGCUGAAAAGAAUGACCUAUGUUUAUAUAUAAAACUGUGUUGCUUUUGAUGUCGUGUGAUUGUACACAGAGACGUGUGCGGUAAGGUUCUGCAUUUGGUCCAGAUAAAAAGCACAGUAGCCUUGCAAGUUCAGUACUGCUUUGAUUCAUUGUUUACGCUGGAAAUUUUUUCUCCCCAUGGAAUGUAAGUAAAACUUAGUGUUUGUCACCAAUAAAUGGUAAUACUAAAUUUUUUUCUGUUAAUUUAUUCUUAAAUGCCACUACUGCUAGAUUGCUCCCUCCCACCCGACCCCCUUUUUUGUUUUUAAGAAAAUUUGUAAUGCUUGUGAUUCCGUCUGGGCAAAACUGAAGAUCUGAAAUAACUUUAUAUCAAACCAUUGAUCAAUAAACAGCUACUAAUGAA